GACGCCGCGUGCAGAUACGACAAAGACGACGGGCAAGCUCUGCACGCUGCACGUCGAAGUCGUUCGCAGGCCUUGCGCCGCUUCUCCAGUUGUCCCGCAAGCUGCCUCUUCAGACCGCCGCCACGGGAGGGACUCACUUGCACUUAGGCAUGUCGCAGCAAGAAAUGGCUUCUUGGGCACCCAAGCGAACCCUGUACUGGGAUCCCCCGGGCCAGGCGGACGAAAUACCAGCGAAGAGGAUGUGCCUGACACAUCGCCAGGCACCAGCACCUGCCCCGAGAAUGGACAUUUCGGACGACAUACCGGCGAAACGACGACGUGUCGAUUACCUGGGUGCUCCAUCAACUGCUUCAACAAUGGCUGAUGAGAUCUAUCCUUCGCCGUGCGGCGACAUGCCAGCACAGCUGCUUUCAGGCGAGGCAUCAGGUCAGGCCCCUGAAGGAUUGUGGCAGCUGCAGCAAAGCCAGCAGAGUAGCUACCCGGAGCCUCAAGACAACUGCAGCCCACCGGAAGGUUGCCCACGUGCCGGCACCUCGUCCGAGGGCGCCGGCGCUGGCGACGUCAAGCCUCCGGUGCGUCCAGACCAGCCCAUGUUCACCUACCGCCAAGUGGCGAACAUUUGCGAGAACAUCUGGAGGGAUCGCGAAAACUUGGUACGUCAGGAGUACGACCGCAUUCUGUCUACCUUGCUGGCCGAACAGCACGAUGCAUUUGUUAAAUUCACUCUCGAGCAAAUCGAGAAAAAACUUCAGGGGUGCGAGCCCAGCUACAUGUCGUAACCUGGCCACGGGUGCCAUAUUUGAAGAGGACUCGGACGGGAAUAUGCAUCAGUUGUGCGCUCGAUGGAAACACUAAAGGAAACACUAAAGCAGCACUGUCUGUAUUGGGCUGCAAAUAACAACAGCAGAGAUCGACAAGAGAGUUGAACGACUGCAUGCUACAGUCAUGUUUCCCGUCAGUGGUUUUCCAGCCUCCUUCCUUACUUUACUUUUUUUCUAAACAAGAGUUCCUUCGCCAGUUCCUUUUCCUUCUUCCUCCGCUCACAAAGAACAUGUUCGGCUCUCCGAUGUAAAACGCAAGAAACAUCGAGCUCCUCGAUCGAAAGGUGUCGAUUGUUUGAACGAACUUCUUUUCUGGAGUGGCCAAGUGUCGGAACAGUGUUUUUUUUUUCUUUUGGUGUAUGAACCUGUUCUAAGUCAAAGCAUGAAAAUGUAGAGCUGUGUGCAUUGUAACUUCUUUUUUUUUGCUGUGGCAGGAAUGAAUAAACAUUCUUUUGUGUGA